AUUGAAGCGCCACGUAGUGUACGUAACGAGAAUCGAUUCGUUUUUUCGUGUUUUUUCGGGUAUGCAGCGUUAUGGUUUGCGUCUUGUGUAAAUAUUAAAUAAAAACAAAUUGAAUAGUUAUAUAAAGGAGAGAAAAGAUUAUGAAAUCAUGGCGGUUGUAAUUGAAACUACUGUAGGAGAUUUUACGGUUGAUUUGUAUACCGACGAACGUCCACAAACGUGCCGGAAUUUUCUGAAACUAUGCAAGUUAAAAUAUUACAAUUGGAACUUGUUCCAUUCUGUACAGAGCAAUUUUAUUGCUCAAACUGGAGAUCCUACAGGCACUGGGAAAGGAGGCGAGAGCGUCUAUGGAAUAGUGUUAGGAGAAAAAGCACGGUAUUACGAGGCGGAACAAAUGCCGAAGAUAAAACAUGACAGAAGCGGUUUAUUGUCUAUGGUUAAUUGUGGCAAUAAUAUGCUAGGGUCUCAGUUCUUUGUUACCCUUGCCUCUGAGCUCCAGUCUUUAGAUGGAGAGCACUGUGUAUUCGGUGAAAUCACAGAGGGUUUGGAGAUUAUUCUUAAAUUCAAUGAAACAAUAUGUGAUGGAGAUCACAGACCAUACCAAGAUAUACGUAUUUCUCAUACUGUUAUUUUGGAAGAUCCUUUCGAGGACCCUAAAGGUUUUGUCUUACCUGAUAAGAGUCCACCACCAACAAAAGAAUGUCUAAUGAGCGAUAGGAUUGGAGCAGAUGAAGUGAUAGAUGAUACAGCUGGCAUGACAAUAGAAGAAAUCACAGAGAUGCAAAAGGAAAAGGAGGCAAAGGCAAGAGCUACAAUACUGGAAAUUGUGGGUGACAUUCCAGAUGCGGAGAUGGCUCCUCCUGAAAACGUUCUUUUUGUCUGUAAACUGAAUCCUGUCACAAACGAUGACGAUCUUGAAAUUAUUUUUAGCAGAUUUGGAAAAAUUAUUGGUUGCGAAGUUAUCAGAGAUCGACAAAGUGGAGAUUCCUUGCAAUACGCGUUCAUCGAGUUCGCAGAGCGCAAAAGCUGCGAAGAAGCUUAUUUUAAAAUGGACAACGUGUUAAUCGAUGAUCGUCGCAUACAUGUAGACUUCUCGCAAUCGGUAGCUAAAAUGAGAUGGAGAGGUAAAGGCAAAGGGAUCCAAUAUUUCGACGACAAAAAUGACGAACUAGGCGACGAAACCCGGAAAAAAGUGGGUCCGAGGAACAGAAAGAGAGACGAGAUUGACGACGAAACGAGAGAUCAUAGAGAAAACGAGACGAGAUAUAAAGAAGACUUAUUGGAACAUAGAAAACACGAACGCAGGAAAGAGGCAGGCAAGGAUGACUCGGAAUAUUCCCGUGACGGUGGAAAGUAUGCGGAAAAAGAAAAAUAUAGAGAAGGAAAGUACCGCGACGGUUCGCGUGAAAGAAAUGAUUAUGACGCCAGACGGAAAAAAGUAAGAAAACACAGGAGCAGAGACAGAAGCAGAGACAAAGAUCGAAGUAAAAAGGAGAGCCACAAAGAUCAUAGGUACAAUAAAAAGUACGACAGCGAGAAAAGGAGAAGAGAUAGGGAUAGUUCAAUUUCCGACAGUGAGAGUUCGAAACACGUAAGGCACGAAGAAAAACAUUCGAAUCACAAGAAGAAACGUAACAGGGAUCGCUCCGUGGAAAGAUCUGGAAAAUCAGAUAAACAUAAGCAGAGAAGAAAAUAAUGUAAAUAAUGUAAUUUUAACCUAUCAUAAUUUUGAGCUUUCAUCGACGCCAAAUGUAGUCGCGCAUAGGCGAAUAUAUUUUGAAAAAUAAUCAAUUAAGCAUUCGAGGAAAUAUUUCCAAAAAAAUAUACGCUUAACUUUUCCAUGUGAAUAAACUUAUUACAGAAUUUA